GUGCCUGAAAGUCAUUUGUUUUCCCUGAGUCGGCCUGACUGGAUUGGACGGUCGGGGGUUCCGCCCACAAACACACAAGGUGGAGUUGAAAAGAAAAAACAUGCUGGGCCAAAUUGAAGCUGUCAAAGAGCCUCUUACAAUUUGCUAAAACAGGAAUAGAGCAAUGUUAUAAGGGCAUGGAGGCUGCUUUAGAUACCUUUAAGAAAGAUUUAUCUAAAUUGGACAUCUGACACUGAUAAGAGAAAAUCUGAAUUUAAUGUAAAAUUAUAUAUAUUUUUAAGUUAAUUAUUUAAAGUUCUGUGAGAUGUGCGAAAUGCACUUACAUUACAAAACAAUUAGCAAAACUUUAGUUUUGUGAAUCUUUCAGCAAAAAUAUUUAUUGUGCAAAGUUGGGUUGAAGAUCAGACAAGUUCGACCGAGUAGAGUUAAAAUAAUCGCCCUUGGUUGGGUUGAGAUACAUCGGUGCCACUUCGGAAAAUAUGUGGAUGUCUCAGCGUAGCGAAAUGGUUGGAUGGAGAGAGAGGAGCUGCUGCUCGAUGAGUGGAGGGAGACGACGAGAGAGAUGGAGGCGGGGGGGAAGGACCAUCUCUGCGGGGACGAGAGCCCAGGACCGACGGCGCAGUGCUGGCUAACGUUCAACCCUCCCCUUCUUCCUCCACAACCAGACCGAGGCUCACGUCGAGAGACAGGUAAGCCAACGAACACGCUGCUCGGUUUCAUAAUACAGCGAGAGAACGCGGCAAAUACACUAUGGAAGAGAAAAAAAACAUAACACCCGCUGAAUCCGGGUUUAUUUUUGCUUAUUUAUAAUCAUUCGCCUCGGUCGGCAGCCUCUUUGUAAAAGCGAAGUAAACCGACAGCUGUGUCAGGGUACAAACGAGGUCGGCCAUAGCCGAAUUUCUUGCCCUCUAAAGCGGGGAAGAAACUGGAUGCAAGACCUGGAGGUAAACGUGUUAAUGUCUUGAAUAACACAAAACUAGCGAUUAUGGCGAUAUUGUUUAGUCGAAACUCGGUCGUUCGUUCUGUAACGGGGUAGGCUACUCGUGUUGGGGUAUUAACGGUAGUUUCCGCGCCGAGACCUCCAUGCGGCUGUUGACGGAACAGCCAGCCGCCUCUCUCGGUUAGCCAUCAGGGAUCUCGGUUUAAUAUCUCACCGUGCAGAGACUCGCCCUCUCUCUCCCCCUCUCUCUCUCACAAACUAGCCCAGAACCACCGAGGACGGAGCCCGGUGAACCCGCCUUCUUGAUCUAGCUUAUGCGCUUUUGGGUCGAGGGAAGGGAGUCUGCAACGCCCUGGCUUUAGUUUUAAGCUCCGCUUUCUCUGUUUGCAGUGCGCCAUUGGACCUUGUCACGAUACUAGACACAAAUGAAUGGAGUAAUGGAUCCAUCCACCCAAGGCCAAGUGUGGGCUCAGGAUGACCUAUUAAAACUGCUGGAGGGCAUGAAAGUGGCCCUGCCCCAGAAAGACCUGAGUAAGUACAAAACAUCAGAGUCCCACCUCGACUGGCAGAAGGUGGCUUUCAACACUUACACAGCGGACAUGUGUAAGCAGAAGUGGCAGGAGGUCUCUAAAGAGAUUCGUAAAUUCCGAACUCUCACAGAGCUUAUAGUUGAUGCCCAAGACUACAUCAAAAACCCUUACAAGGGCAAGAAAAUAAAGAAACACCCAGAUUUCCCCAAGAAGCCCUUGACUCCAUACUUCCGCUUCUUCAUGGAAAAGAGGGCUAAGUAUGCAAAGUUGCACCCUGAGAUGAGCAACCUCGACCUAACUAAAAUCCUCUCAAAGAAGUACAGAGAGCUGCCCGACAAAAAGAAGAAAAAAUAUGUUGAUGACUUCUUGAGAGACAAAGAAACAUUUGUGCAUAGCAUGGGGAAGUUCAGGGAAGAUCACCCAGACCUUGUGGAGAGCAUGGCCAAGAAAGGUUCAAAUGUUCCAGAGAAGCCCAAGACACCCCAACAGCUGUGGUAUACCCAUGAAAAGAAGGCCUUCCUCAAGACACACCCAGAUGCGACCACCAAAGACAUCAAGGACAGUCUUGGAAAACAGUGGACGCAGCUCUCUGACAAGAAAAGACUCAAAUGGAUCUCAAAGUCUCUUGAGCAGAGGAAACUGUAUGAGGGGACAAUGCGGGAGUACAUCCAGCAGCACCCAGAGUUAAACAUGACCCAAAACGAUAUCGUGAAGUCCACCCUGACGAAGGCUGAGCGCCACCUGAAAGACAAAUCUGACGGCAGACCUGACAAACCGCCUCCAAAUGGUUAUUCAAUGUUCUGUGCCGAGCUGAUGUCGAACAUGAAGGAUGUACCCAGCACAGAGCGUAUGGUGAUGUGCAGCCAGCGGUGGAAGCUCCUGAAACAGGGUGAGAAGGACGCCUACCAGAAACGCUGUGAACAGAGGAAGAAGGAGUAUGAAAUUGAGAUGAACAGAUUCCUGAGCAGUUUGUCUGAGGAGGAGCAGCAGCGGGUCAUGUCCGAGGAUAAGACAGGUUUUAAAAGGGGCACUGCAGCCAACAGUUCCGCCAACAAGAAGAAGAACUCAAAAGCAAAGGCCAGUCCAGAGAAACCCAAAAGGCCAAUUUCAGCCAUGUUCAUCUUCUCUGAGGAAAAGCGUCCCAAACUGCAGCAGGAGCGGCCCGACCUUUCCGACAGCGAGCUCACAAGACUUCUGGCUCGCAUGUGGAAUGAGCUGCCCGAUAAGAAGAAGGAGAAGUACAAACGUCUAGAAACGGUCCUGAAGGCAGAGUCGGAAAAGAAGGAGAGGGAGGACCGUAGUCGUUUACCAGAUCCACCCAAGACUGCCCAGGACAUCUGGCAGCAGAGUGUCAUAGGGGACUACCUGGCCAGAUUUAAGAAUGACCGGCCAAAGGCACAGAAAGCGAUGGAAGGCACCUGGAGCACCAUGGAGAAAAAGGAGAAAAUAAUGUGGAUCAAAAAGGCAGCGGAGGACCAGAAAAGAUACGAGAGAGACCUGUGUGAGAUGCGCUCACCUGCUGCUACCAUCGCCUCAGGGAAGAAGAUGAAGUUUGAGGGUGAACCCAAGAAGCCUCCAUCAAACGGAUACCAGAAGUUCUCUCAGGAGAUGCUGUCCAACGGUGAGCUGAAUCAUCUCCCCAUGAAGGAACGGAUGACUGAGAUCGGCAGCCGCUGGCAGAGUUUAUCUCUGAAGGACAAGGACCGCUACAAGAAGAUCGCUGAGGAGAAGCAGAGGCAGUACAAAGUCACACUGGAGCAGUGGCUCGCGAGCCUGUCUUCACAAGAAAGAAACACUUACAUAGAAUAUAAUUCACAAAAAAGGAGAGCUCCGGCAAAGCCAGGCGGCCCCAAGGCCAAAGCCAAGAAAUCUGAAACAGAGGAGGAGGACGAUGAUGACGAUGAUGACGAGCCGGAGAAGGCUUCCUCUGAAGCGGACUCAUCCAGCGAGGACGACGAUGACGACGACGAUGAUAAGGAGGAGGACGACGAUGAUGAUGAAGACGACGAAGACGAUGAUGACGAGGCGGAGGACAAGGAGAACAAGUCGGAGGACAGCAGCAGCGAGUCAAACUCACAGGGGUCGUCAGACUCUGAUUCAGACUGAUACAGCGUCUCCGUGGAGAUGAACUGAGCAGCGCUGAGCUGAGCCAAGAGUCAAGGGAGCUCUGCCACUGUGCCAACCCUGCUCUCCUCCCACCACCAGAGGGAGCCCUGCAUUGCCUCAUCACCUUUCGCACUCAUCCACUCUUAAGUUGCUGCGUUGGGGAUCUCCUUCUGGAGGGACCCCGCCCUAGAGUCCAAAAUCAGUUUCAUUCCCUCCUCCCCAAGUGUGAUUGUUGUCCGACAGCACAGGCCGCCGAUGUUAUGCCAAAUACAGCAUCCCACUGGUUUGGCGAUGUGAACUUUUCUGCCGCUGGUUUAACCCUGGACUCACAGGUUCAUUGGUUUAAAGGUUAACGUUUUAAUGUCGGGGAUGAUAAAUGAUCCUGCAGUGUUUAUUUUAUUGUUCUGGUAUUCGUUGACAGGUAACAUGAGUGUGUAAAGGCUUUACAGAGCCAAAGAACACAGUAAUGUGGAUCGCUUUAGAGAUGGGGGGGGGGGGGGGGGGGGUGUGUGGGGUACUGAAAAAUUGCACUCUUCAGAAUGUUUCCAUUAUUUUGUUUUUAUUUUCCAGAACAUUGCUGCAGUGUUCCCUAUUCCUCUCAAUUGAUGAUGUAGAUUUUAUCAUUUGGUUCUAAAAAGGUGGUAUUUUUUUCAGGAAAAAAAUCAAGCCAUUAUGAAUGUUAACUUUAUUUGUUGCUGGAAACUUUCAGAACUUGUUACGUACCAAUACUCUCAUUCAAAAUACAACAGUGCCUACAUAAAGUAUUCACCCACUCUUUUGGACUUUCUCAUUUUAAUUAUAUUGUUUUAUAACAUUGAAUCAAAGUGGAUUGUAUGAUGAACAGGAAUUGACUCCUUGAUAGGAAUGUUCAGGCAAAAAUGGCCCAUUUCCCCACUUAAUCUGAGCAAACAGGACUCUCAGGACGGAAAUAAACUAGCACUAAAAACAUGU